AUGACUCGUCCUGGAACAAAAUUCCGUCAUUUUCGCACGACGAAACCAUCUGCGCCAGGACGGUGGAGGAAUGCAUCACUCGAGAGUCCUAAUACAACAUCUCUGUCAGGUCAAUGUCACUCACCUGAGCUUAAACGCCGGAAGUCCAAUGAAGAGCAACAUGGGAGAACUUGGGUCCCUGGAUUUGUAUCGGUUUUUCCCGAAAUCCCGCCUGGAACAGAUACUGGCUCAGUAGUCCCAUCUGCAUCUAGAGUCACCUUAGCAACCUACUACCUCAAGGGUCUACAUGUGUCUUUCCCACAUUACAAGGAUCUUAUCUUCAACUAUCUUGACCGGAGCCGAUCUUUCGUCAUCCCCCGGCCAUUGUUAUUCGAGCUGUUCUCGACUCUCUAUGAUGAUAUGAAAGCAGGGGUCGAUCUUCAUUCUCGCUUAACCCAGAACGCACGCAAGCCCCUUCCCCCCAUAUCUGUAAACACGACUGUAGAGGAGUUUUGUGGGUGGUUUAGAGGAGACAAUAUUCGAUGGGAACUUCUUGGGGUUGUUUUCGCCCUUGCGGGUCUCGCUUCAGUUCAUACUGAUGAGCCAGGAAAGUCACCUAGUUAUGGAUCGUUUGCUACGGAUAUGUACACAGCCAGCAGAGCAUGUAUUGAAGUAUGCGAAGAAAAUAACCAAUUAAACGACAUUACCACUUGGAUGCGACAUACAAAUGUUGCUCUAGCAUCAAACCUGUUUGGAGAUACAAGUAGUAUCCUAUACCGUUGCUUCAGCUCAUUGACUGCGGAGCUGUUCGCUUUGAGGUAUCACCGCCAGAUAUCGUUACAGCCCGCAGCACCUUUCUUCAUGUCGGAAACCCGCAAGAGGCUCUUUGCUGCUGCAGUUUGUCGAGACAUGAACCUUGCAACACUCCUUGAAAGACCACCACUCAUUGACUGUAACUUCUGCGAUAUGAUAUAUCCACUCGAUCUGUAUGAAGAAGAGAUAGUGCUGGUUGGGAGUGAGCUUAAUACAGCCCUGCAGAAUCUGGAUGAGAACGGUUGGAAGAUCUCCUCCGAGAGUGAAAAGUUACUCCGACCAGCAACAGGAAUACGAAUUCGUUUUGCAUUAUCAAGUCUUCGAGCCAAGGUACUGCGACUAUCACUAGGAAACCGGAUGGAACACAUGACCACGAAGCACAUAGAGUUAUACCAAGAGUACGAAGAUAUUUGGACUAAGAUCCCGAUGCAAUACCGCUAUAAGAGUGAUUUCUGGGACUACCUGAGCCCGAGGUCAUGUGUUGUGCUGUUGAGUGCUCAUUUAGAUCAUCUUCACUGUGGCUUUCAGAUCCUACGAAUGCUCCAACAGGAAGGCCAAGAUACACUCACAACCAUUCUCGAUACUUCCAUGAGAUUGCUUUCAGGCAUGCUUGACUUGAUGAAGCAACAAGAGCGAUUCGUUGAGUUGCGAGAGAGAUUCACAUGGAUUUUUCUGUUCUAUGGUCUUCCUGGCGCCGGUACUCUUGCCACGGAGCUUCAUCAACACACGCUCAAGGGACUCCCUUUGCCUUCCUCUAUUCCUUGUUCCCGUAUAGUUCGGGACUUGAGUGUUGCAAUCUCGUGGGUUGAGAAACAGAACUUACCAAACCGCUCAGAUUACCAGCUAUGCCUUCAAAUCAGCAAGGUGAUCAGUCGAAUGUUAGAUGAUACCCUGAAUCAGGGUCUAAUCUCGGCGAAAGAUACUAAUAGUCAAUUGGAGAAGGUACAGCAAGAGCAGCAGGUGCCAGAAGAGUUUCCCAUUGACAGAUCUUCGGAUGCUUCAGAUAGAUUUCAACCACUGGCUGAGCCAUUUACUAGCGAGGAAUUUCUCAGCUGGAUUGAUGACCUGGUAUGGGAUGGACAAACUAACAUUAGUAUGGGAUUCUGA